UAUAUUUUCCUCCCCUUAGCAAUUUGGUGGAAUAUGAAAAUCACUGCAACAAUAUUGAAAACUUCAGUGAUAGCUCUGAUGUCAUGUACAUCAUGGGAGAUUACAACCUGCCCCAUCUUCAGAUGUUGGAUGAAACCAACCUCCAUGAUAAUGGUAUUGGUAGACGGAAUGCCUCCGAAAGCUUAGAUAUUGCCCUGGGACCCAGCAAUGCCUGUUCUUCUGACAAUGUGGAUAUUUUAGAGAAUGAAACUGGCAUACUCAAAGAGUUGACUAAUAAUAGACAAGGUCCAAGUUACGAAGAGAAAAUGUUUGAUCUCAAAGUUAACACAAGCAUUCCGUCAGCUGAGUACGUAAAUGCAUUUGCAUUUAUUGAUGAUUCCGAUGACUCUGUGAAAGAUGCAGACUAUGCCAGCGAGUCUUCAGUUACAGUUGACUCUGAGACAAGCGCGACUGAAGAUUCAGUUGAAAAUAGAAAGGGGAGUUCUAAGGUGCGUGGCAAGAAAAGGAAUCUAGGACCAGAAAAAUGGAAGAAAAAUGUAGCAAAGAAGUUGAGAAAUGUUGGAGAGCAAUAUACAAAUGCUAAGACUAAAAAAGACCUACCCCAAGGGAAACUUACAACCUCCCUGUGA